CGUGGAGAAACAACUUCAAAAUAGGAAAAUAAUAUGUUGACACAGAUUAUUAUAUUAUGUAUAUUUAUUGCUGUGGUCUACGGGCACGGCAGACUUAUAUCCCCUCCUGGUAGAUCCACAAUGUGGCGCUAUGGGUACAACACACCUAAGAAUUACAACGAUAACCAGUUAUCUUGUGGAGGAUUCUAUAAACAAUGGACACUUAAUGGAGGAAAAUGUGGAGUGUGUGGUGACUCAUGGAACGAGGCUCGUGAUAACGAGGCUGGAGGAAAAUAUGCAACAGGAACCAUCGUUAGUCAAUUUAAGACAGGACAAAGCAUUCAGGUUAAAGUUCAGAUAACUGCUACUCAUCGUGGAUACUUUGAGUUCCGUCUUUGUCCGGUUAACAAUCCACAUCAGCCAGCCACUCAAACCUGUUUAGAUAGAAACGUACUAAAACAACUUAAUGGUCAGUCCAAGUUCUAUGAACCAGGAGCAAUCGGAACAUAUACAAUUGAUCUCGUUCUUCCUCAAGGUUUAACAUGUUCACAGUGUGUAUUACAAUGGAAAUGGAAUACAGGGAACUCAUACAAUUGUGAUAAUAACCAUAACUGCUGUAUUGGCUGCGGACCACAAGAACAGUUUUAUGGCUGUUCAGAUAUAGCUAUUUCAUCGUCUGAUUCAAGGCAGUUUUCUAAUACUGGUGUUCAACAAGAACGCCCACUUGGUUUCUUACUAAUUUCAGGACAAACUGUUGGUACAUGCCAAGCAACACCACUUUUCAAAAGUCGAUAUCCGUAUGCAGACAGAUAUUGUGUAUUACAAUGCAACCAGAAUAAAUGUCCACCAAGUACAUACUGCACUGAUGAUUGUAGAAUCCACUGAAUGUGGACGCAUUUUACAAAAUAUAUACUCAUUUACUAACAUUUUAUUUGAUACAAACUUUAUUUUUGUUUACAAUGUUUUUAUAAAUGUAUUUAUUGCUAUUGCAUAAUUAUCUUUUUUUAUAAAUAGAAU